AUGGCCCGGAAGAGCGAAGAACCUCCUGGUGCUCUGAGCCAAAAGCAGGAACAGCUCAUCACAAACAGCUUCCUGCGGACUGCAAAUCCACCCAAGGAAAGAAAGUCUGCAAAGAAAGCAGGGGGCAUCAGCAAGGCAGAAAAAGAGAGACUGCAGCGAGAAGCAGAUGAGCAGAAACUGAGAGAGGAAGAAGAAGCUCGUCUCAUUGCGGAACGUGAGGAAAAUGAAAGGCUGGAGAGAGAGCGAAUUGAGCAAGAAAAACAACAACUACUUGAGUUAAAGGACAAGGAGCGCAGAGAAGACGAAUUAAACGAACUACGGCAUAUUUUAGACGAGAAUCAUGCUGCAGUUAUAUCGUGGGAAUCUGACUGCAAGGAGAAAGCAAAGUGGGCUCGAUAUAUGCGCUGUGAUGGCACUCCAGAUCCAUCUGUGCAGUCAGAAAUCAACUCCUUUAUCAGUUUAUGGCAAGAGGACUCAGAAACCCAAAUUCAGCAGAUAUUGGAGAACUGCGACCUGGCCCUUCAGCUGACGGAUGAACUGGAUUUUCUUUUGAGCGAUGGUCCAGAGCCCUGCGCUGCUGAGCAGUAUCGAGAAACACUUCUGACUUCACAGAAUCUCAUCCAUUGUAAACUCAAUAAGGCCACAGAGGAGAUACUAAAGUGUGCAAAAUCCAAUUCCGACAUUGAGACCGGAAACAUGCAGACUGUAGUCCAGGGUACAAACGUCACUCUUUGUCUAUGGGCAAACCUCAACAAAAACCCAAGGUUUAAAAGUUUUCAGUUUCAGGAGGUGGGUCUGGGCUUUGAGCUGCCCAAGCCACUGGCAGUGAGUGACAUUGCUGUCCGGAUCCUUCACACACGCUAUGACCACCUGUCCCACCGCAGUGAGCGAAAACAGAUUGAGAAAAAGAAGAAGUCUAUGAUGGGGGACGCCUGCACUCCUUUGGCCUCGACUGAAAGCUCUACAGCAGAACAGAAUGAGGACAACAUGGAGGGAGAUGAAGGAGCAAGCACAGAGCAGGUGGAGGAGGAACGGAGAUCGGUCAGAUCAGAGAGCAAGAGUGCUACGAGUGUCAAGUCACUUAAGGAGGGAAGGAAAAGCUCUUCAAUAAAGCUGGUAGGAGAAGAAGGUCAGAUGGAGACUCCUGCAGAGGAACCCAUCACAGCAGUUGGAUCUGACCAAAAUGGCUCCCUCCCAUCACUACAUGACCCUGUGAUUGACAACGGCGAAAUGCAUAUAGUGGACCUGCAGCAAUACACACCACUGGGGGGAGUCUUCUACUUUGAUGUUUUUCAUUUACCGCCACAAUCUAAUACAGUGAACGGCUGGGAAAUGAGACAGUUGUUAGACACAGGUCUCCAGAUCUUCCCUUACCCAACAGAACAGUGUAGUUCUGCCUCGAUUAGGCCUGAUGAAAAUUGUGCCGUUGCCUCUCUGCCUGUAGGGGUCACUGUAGCUGUUCCUGACUCCAUAAUGUUCCUAGAGGAGCCCCAAGUGGCACGCUGGGACUCUGAUGGUCAAAACUGGAGGACAGACUGCAUCUCUGAGGUUUCUUAUGACGCACAGACCCGCAAAAUCUCCUUUCAGAUGAAUGCGUUUUAUGCCUUCACGUUGCUGCAGGAUUCCCAUGCUAACAUGCCUUUCCAGUCAUGGGAACUGAGGCCGCUGGGUCAAGACUCGGCACUGCUCACAAUUACCGGAGCUCUCAUUGGAAUCAGCAUCACUAUCAAGGGUGACAAGUGUAUGCUGCACAUGGAGGAUACAAAGGAACUGGAUUACCUGCUUGGCAAAUGGAUGGGACCCUCUGCAAUGCAGAAAGCCAUGAAAAAAGCCGGGAUCAAUAUAUUUGUAAACGAGUAUUCAGACAAUUAUGUCAGCAUCAACCCAAAGGACCCAUUAAUAGAGCACACAGUGUAUGAACAAAUGGCGCUUAUGUCCUCAACAAUGGCUUUUUCGUGGAGCCGCUGGAACUCACAAUGUGGACAAGCGCAUCUUGUUCUUCAGGCAUGUGAACAGUUAAAGGCAGAGCCUGUGGCAGAUGAUGCGUGGUCUCUGUACCUGCUGGGUGCUCAGAGGAGUCAGCGUUUGAAGAUGAAGGAGCACGAUGAAAGUUUUUCUCCCGAGUUGGCCGAUGGCACAGAGUUCCAUUCUACCUUUCUGCACAUGCUCAGACCGGACAUAAGCAGCGAAGGCCAAGAGAAAGUCUCACAAUCUCACUAUCUUUUCAUUGACACCGUGCAAAGGCUUCUGUGCGCCACACGUGUGCUUACAUUCUCCUGAAGAGAGACAGCACAUCCAGAGACAUACAAAUGCAUACAGAUACAAAGCAUCUACGACUGUUCUGCAUUGUCAUGUUAUCGGCGGGUACUGUAGUUUAAAAAAAAAAUCCUUGUUGCACUUGAAUUAAAUUUUUACAAUUAAUUUCAACAUGCUUGACUGGUGAAGAGUGCUAUAAAUGUAAAAAAUAAAGCUGAAUUA